ACGAGGGUCGUAUUGCAAUUUACUUCCUUUGGGUUGUCGCUGUAACUCUAAAACCCUAGGCUCGGAAACGAAAAACCCUCUCCGUCUUCGUUCUCUUCACUGUGGAAGGUUUGCAGGUUGAUCGGUUAGAAUCAUGUUGAAGAUUCAAACGCCGAAGACAGGCAAAGGCAAAAGAGAAGUCGAGAAGCGCGCGCCUAAGCUUGUUGAAACUGGGAAGAAGACGUUGAUACUUCAUGGGACGAAGACAAGUGCUACGCUUAAUGCCGUAAUGAUGGAACUGUACCAUCUGAAGAAGGGAGGUGCUGUGAAAUACUCGAGGAAGAAUGAGAAUAUCAGGCCCUUUGAGGCAGGAGGCGAAACCUCGUUGGAGUUCUUCUCCCAGAAAACAGAUUGCAGUAUCUUCGUGUAUGGUUCUCACUCGAAGAAACGGCCCGACAAUCUUGUGCUUGGGAGAAUGUACGAUCACCAUAUCUACGAUUUUAUCGAAGUUGAGGUAGAGAACUUUAAGUCCUUGCAAUCUUUUGCUUACGAGAAGAAAAUAGCUCCUCAUGAAGGAUCAAAGCCUUUCAUUUGCUUUAUGGGAGAAGGAUUUGAGAACGUACAAGAACUGAAACAUCUGAAAGAAGUCUUGCUAGAUCUAUUCCGAGGAGAGGUUGCGGAGAAUCUAAACCUGGCCGGAAUUGACCGUGCCUACGUAUGUACAGCUGUAUCCCAAAACAAGGUUUUCCUUACUCAUUGUGCAAUGAGGCUUAAAAAGUCGGGCACCAUUGUGCCUAGAAUGGAACUUGUCGAGGUUGGUCCAUCCAUGGACUUGGUUAUCCGACGCCAUCGUCUUCCUAAUGAAAGCCUAAUGAAAGAAGCCAUGAAAACUGCUAAAGAUAAGCCCAAGAAGAAGGAGAAAAACGUGAGUCAAGAUGCAGUGCAAGGGAAGAUCGGGAAGAUUUAUAUUCCUGAUCAGAAGCUUGGAGAAAUGGUAUUGCCUAACAAAGCCAAAGGAGUGAAGAGAGAAAGGCGAGAGGCCAAGCAGAAGCAGAGGGAAGAAGGUGGGCACGCUUCGAAAAAACGGAAAGACUCGGAGUAAUGUACAAAACAACAAUAACAAUUCGAGGUAGUUGCUUCAUCAAUCUACUUCUGUCUUCUUAGGCCUCGAGGCUACAUCACAGGCAUCAACUGUUCUUCUCUUCCAUGUGGGUCAGUUUCACUUUCCAUCUGGCUGUUCAAAAACUCCAGUUGGACAUGGAGGAAGGAAGAUGUAGGAUAGGAUUCAUUUUUGGAUUCACAUCUUCUUCUUCUUCCUUUUUUUUUUUUUUUGUAAUGUUUAGUAUAAGCAUAUGUUUCACUCUUUGAGGAAAGUGUUGACUUAGAUGCUGUCUUUGUCUCAACCCUUGUCUACUUGAAGUGAAGACCACAGCUUUUGUUCA